AAAAAUGUCUCGUCCAUUCAGCAGACCACGCACUCGCAUCUACGACGUUAACUACAACAUCGGCGAGAACUACUACAGGCCAGCAAUCGAUCGCCUGGAUCGCAAAUAUUCUGGAAGACCAUUGAGUCCUACUCGUCAGACCUCCAUCCCGAGGGACAUCAUCGACCGCCACGAGAAAGCCUUCCAGGAUGAGGACCUUCCCACGGCCCGCGCUCGCGCUUCAAAACACAUCACCGAAGCUAACAUGUUCGAUUCACGCGGCGGAAUUAUGAAAGCCAUGGAAAUGGUCGAAAACAAUAUUGAUGAGGAGACUGCCUCAAAACUGCAACGCAUUAGAGCUAAUAAGAAAGUUUCAAUUAUCGAUGAUAUCGACAUGGACCAGACCAUGAACAAUAUCAAAGCUCGUCGCAUCAAAGAUAGGGCUGACAAAAUGCUGGAUUCCGUUGGAAUCACCACCGUCGACAAAUCGAGCAGAUCCGUCGACAAAUCUAGCAGAGCCGUAGAUGAGGGAGUCAGCUACAAGAGAUCCACCUUGAAAGUAACUAUGGAUUCAAGCGCGGAUAAUAAGGAUCUUACCAAAUGGUCGAAGCUCAGCUCUACCGAGGAGAAGGACAGUGGCGCAUCCCUCAGGGCCAAACAAUCCAUGGCUAGAUUGAACGAGCUGGAGGAUGAGAUGUCCGCUCUUCAGGAGAAAGCCCAGAUUAGAGAACGCAGAGCCGCUAGAUUGCGCGCGAUCGUUGCCGAAGCCGCCGAAGAGAGCGAAGUCUGCACUGGUUCUACCAUGAGGGUCAGCUCCCGCCAGAAGAAGGAAGCUAUAGAAUACUAAAUCACACUUUUUUUUAUAAUAUUACUAUCGAUCAUUAACGUAUCUGCAUUUUCCUAUUUCUGCUUGUACAUGUAUAUAUGUAAUAUAAACGAAAAAAUAAAAUUACUUUGAAAAAGUAGAA